CCCUCGCCACCUUCUAGAGUUUUGCAUCGUCCUAGAUAGUAGCGCCAUCUAUCGUCAGGCCUGAAAGUUGUGACGUAGUAGACCAUAACAAUCCCCUCCUUCCCUCCUGGCUCCCAGUCCCCUCCAUCCCUCCUGGCUCCCUCCCUCCCUCGUCCCAGUGCGUGUAGUGGGUCUGAAGAAGCCAGCGCGCGACUUUCCAGAGCUCAGUCAAGUGGCGGAGGAAGGAGGCUGAUCACCGCUUGGACUUCGUCCCCUGCCUAUAAAAUAGUGAGUUCAACGCAUAGGUCACAGGAUUUAUCGCAGGCUUACCCUCGGGUGACAUCUCAGUGUACCCGGGUCAUGGAGGCCAGUGUAAUAUUCCUUCUCUUGGUCCUGCCAGGUGUCUUUGCAGGGUCCGUUGAUUUGCCGUCCAGCUGUGCUUCGAGAUGUCCAGAAGCCAGCAAGUUCUCGUACCAGACCGGAAGGACGUACGAGUACCGCUACGCCGCGGAGACCCGCACGACGAUGGCGGGUGCCACCGACAACGCCGCCACCAUCCACAUCGACGCCAAUGUCCUCAUCGAGGUGUUGGACAACUGCGAGAUGGCCUUGCGGCUGACUGAUGUCAAAGUUACGAGGUCUCACGAAGACGACCCCAACCGGAUGGUGGAAGCAGCCUCGUCGCCUGCUCGCCGUUCACUAGAGAAACGGCCGCUUAGAUUCGCAUUCUACGAUGGGCAGUGGGUGAGGUUUGCCCUGAUGAGCAGGAUGACGUGUGGGCCCUCAACAUCAAGAGAGGUGUGCUGACGGCAUUCCAGAACUCCAUGCAGGUGCUGGAUCGAGACGAACAAAUCGAGGAGGUUGACGUCACAGGGCGAUGUCUCACGAUGUACAAAGUGACCGAGAAGGGCUACGAGUCCUUGACCGUCACCAAGGUGAAGGACAUCCUUAGUUGUCAAGACCGACAAUCUGCAAGAACCUCCAUGCUGAGCACGCCAUUCACCUCGCCAAAUGCCAUCCAGUCGCUGCCGCUAAUGAAGACGACCUAUGAGUGUCGUCACUCCAUCUCCAAAGAAGGUCGACUGGUCAGCAGCAACUGCCAGGAGGUUCACGUCUUCAGACCUUUUUCAAAAGGCGCCAGCGGCGCUGUGACGGAGGCCAGCCAGAAGCUGACGUACCAGCGAGACACAAGUGGCGUCACUACUCGCAAAGGUCCGGUGAGCAAGAAGACAACUCUGCUGUUUGAGCACAAACACGGACAAACCGUCCCCGAGUCCAGUACUGAGGGCAUCAAGUCCAAGCUGGAGGAGAUCUGUUCGGCCACAGCAGACGACAUUAGACCGGAGGUUCCUGGUCUGUACGGAGAGCUCGUGUAUAUGAUGCGAGACCUCAGCUAUUCGGACCUCAAGGAUGUGGACAGACUGCUUCAACGAAAGAAAGUCUGCGGAGGCAGUUCUGAGAGAGCCAGAAAGUUCUUCUUAAACGCGCUGCCAGCGACGGGCACAGCAGCUUCGGUCAGCUUCAUGGCCGACAUCUUGCGGACAGAAGAGAUCAAGGAUGCGCAGGAGAAACUGUGGUUGACGUCACUGGCUUUCCUCCCUAACCCGUCUUUAGAGGUCGUGACUGCUGCUCAGGCUCUCAUCUCGGACACCAAAGUCAAGACCAAAGCGCUUCUUCCCGUCUCGGCGUUGGUCAACAAUUAUUGUGAACACAAUCCCGGCUGUCAAGAUGAACCUUCUGUGGUCCAGCUGCUGGCAUCGCUGACUGGGACAUUAGGUUUGGAGUGUCGAGUGAGCGACGACAACUUCAAAGAGGUUCUGCUGACGCUGCGAGCCCUCGGCAACAUCGGGAGAGCAGAGACGGUGGCCCUGCAUCUCCAACGUUGCUUCACCGAGAGCAGUCUGCCCAUGGACGUACGAGUAGCGGCAGUGGAUGCUUACAGAAGGUUGCCCUGCACUGCUGAUAGGAACAACGUGCUGCAGACGUUCCUCCGUGUGAAUGAAGAUGCGGAGCUUCGUAUAGCCGCCUACCUGGCCGCCAUGCAGUGUCCCACAGAAGGUGUCGUGCAGCAGGUGCGAGACGCUCUUCUGUCUGAGGAGGUGAACCAGGUGGGUUCGUUUGUGUGGACACACCUCACCAACCUGUUGGAAACCAGCAGCCCCGCGAAGCAGGCCAUCCGAGACCUUUUGGAGAACGAGAUUUUGCAGCGAGAGUUCAGCAUGGACAGGCGGAAAUACUCUCGUAACUACGAAGUCUCGUUCUUUAAUGAGAAGUUCAACCUCGGAGGCGUUUACGAGAGCAACAUCAUCUGGUCGCCCAGUUCAUUUGUUCCCCGGUCAGCCAUGAUGAACUUGACUGUUGAUCUCUUCGGACAAUCCGUGAACCUUCUGGAGGUGGGAGGGCGUGUGCAGGGUCUGCAGUACCUGCUGGAUUCCCUCCUGGGCUACAGAGGCAGGGAUUGGAGACCUGAAGGGGGGUAUGGCGUUUCCAAGGAAGUCAAUGAGGAGAAAAUGGCCACUGUGAAAUCUACGUAUGGAGGGGGCGUGAAAGAGGACUUGCGCGCGCAGCUGUACCUGCGGGUCUUCGGCAACGAGGUGGCGUACACCAUGUUGGACAGGAGCAGCAGCAGCAAUCUUGAACGGAUGCGAGGCCCGGGGGGCAACCAAUACUUCGAGGAGAUCCUGCAGCGCCUGGCCAAGAACGAACAGUUCUCCUUCUCACACAGCGCCAUGUUCCUGGACUCCACCCUGGUCAUUCCCACAACUGUGGGACUGCCCCUCAACCUCACCUUGAAUGGGUCUGCAUCGGUGGAGCUGAAAGCGUCUGGCAAGAUGGACUUUACUAAGAUUAAAGACAGGCAAAGAGCAUUCGAAAUCUCCGCUAGUCUACAACCCAGCGGGGCAGUAGAGGUUGUGGCAGCGAUGAGCGUCGAUGCCUUCCUGACGAAGGUUGGCCUUAGAAUGACGUCCCGUCUUCACACCAGCACGGCGUUCCAGGGCCGCAUGGACCUCGCCCGCGGACAGGUUUUCAGUCUGAACUUUGACUUCCCGAAGGACCAGCUAGAGAUCCUCGACUUUCAGUCCAAGUUUUUCAUGAUACAUGACUCAAGCGUGAAGGAAGAGUCGCUUCUGGCAGAGAACCCAAAGACUGCGAGCUCCUGCACUGGUGAGAGUUUCUCGGAGCUGACGGGCAUUGAAAUGUGUGCAGCGGUCUCCAUCCCCGACUGGGGACAGGUGCUAGAUGCCCCAUACUGCCCCUUCACGGGGGCCAUCUCUGCGUCUAUCACGCUGAAGAAGAACGACCUACCCUCAGGGCACAGGCUGUUGGCAAAACAAGUACAGACAAACUCAUCUUCCAUUGCCCAAGUAUUGCUGGAGACACCGAACGCGAAAAUGGACCGUGCUACGUCACUGAGCUACAGCCUCAACUUCAAGGAGAAGACGUUAGAGGCUGGACUUUUGUCACCAUGGAAAAAAGCAAAUCUGAAAUUGGCUGGAGGAAACCAAGGAGAUGAUGAAGGCGUCAGGGGAGGUCACUCUCACGGCUGACCAGAAGUAUGGCGUGGUGCUGCAUCUCAUCAAGGAGCUGCGCGAGAAGAAGAACGAGGCGAGUGCCAAGCUGUCGCCCACCUUGACUGUGACGUCACCGGAGGGCACGGUGGUCUUCUUCACGGGAAACGUGGA